ACAAGAACACCGCAAUUCUUGAAAUUGAUUUCUCAAGAACCGAAUUCAACCGAAACUAAAAGGUAUUCCCUUUACGUAAACCGAACAAUUCGAAUCAAACCGAUACGAAAACCGGAUUUGGUGUGGUGGUUCUUGGUAUAGAAAGGAGUGGAUCGUAUUACACAUUGUCUCUCUCUGUGAAACACAGCACACAAAUGGAUUCUGCUUCUCCAUCGUCCAAGACCAAAGCUUUAGCCCCUCCGCUUCAUAUCUUAGGUUUCGAGAUCGAUGAGUUAUCUCCAACUCGUGUCACAGGUCGUUUUCCCGUUUCUCUAAUCUGCUGCCAGCCUUUCAAGGUCUUACACGGUGGUGUAUCUGCUUUGAUCGCUGAGUCUUUAGCAAGUAUAGGAGCUUACGUGGCUUGUGGUUUCCAAAGGAUCGCUGGAGUUCAACUCUCCAUCAACCACUUGAAAAGUGCUGAUCUUGGAGACCUUGUCUUCGCCGAAGCAUCUCCUGUAAGCACAGGCAAAACCAUUCAGGUUUGGGAAGUCAAGCUUUGGAAAACAACAAAAGGGUCAGAGAACGCUAACAAAAGCUUAAUAUCUUCCUCUAGAGUCACAGUUCUCUGCAAUCUUCCUAUCCCUGAUCACGCCAAAGAUGCAUCAGACCCGCUUAGACUGAUCUUCUCGAAGCUGUAGAUUUCAAAGCUUUGUUCUCUCUCUAUGAUUGAGUUUAGUUGUAUGUAAGACCCUAUGGGUCUGUUCUAUGAUCGAACUUUAAUCUUCUAAAGAAUUUAACCUUUUGGGUGAGAACUAAAAGUGGCAAAAGACAGUCAUACCACAAUGUCUUGGGAUCUUAUACAGUUAUACCAAUUGGUGAUA